GAAAAGUUUUGAAGCAGACCCCGAAGGGCGGGAAGCGUGAGUCGCGUGCGUGCGUGCCGGGAAUCGAUCGGGCCACCCCUCGCCCUUGCCGCUCCCUACACGGACACAUUCACCGGGACAAAAUCCAUUCCAUCAUUGCAUUUAGUAUCCUCCGUUCAUUUUAUUUAAUUUGCAAUAGUUUUUAGUGACAUAGUGCAUGUUUAGCAGCUAGUUAUCAUUCAGAUUUGUGAAAAUGGGUGGUUGUGCAACAAAAGAAAAUAAGGAAGGUAAACCGGCAGAUGAAUCCGACGGAAAAGCCGCAGCAAUGGUGGACGCCGCAACCCUUGAGAAACUGGAGGCUGGCUUCAGCAAGCUCGCAGCUUCUGACUCCAAGUCGCUGCUGAAGAAAUACCUCACCAAGGAGGUUUUCGAGGCCCUGAAAAACAAGAAGACUUCCUUCGGCUCCACUCUCUUGGACUGCAUCCAAUCGGGUAUUGAGAACUUGGACUCGGGUGUCGGAAUCUAUGCCCCUGAUGCUGAGGCAUACACAGUGUUCGCUGACCUGUUCGACCCCAUCAUCGAGGACUACCACAAUGGCUUCAAGAAGACCGACAAGCACCCCCCCAAGAACUGGGGUGAUGUAGACACUCUUGGCAACCUGGACCCUGCCGGUGAAUUCAUCGUCUCCACCCGCGUCCGAUGCGGUCGAUCCAUGGAAGGCUACCCCUUCAACCCCUGCCUGACAGAGGCCCAGUACAAGGAGAUGGAGGACAAAGUCUCCUCCACCCUCUCUGGCCUCGAAGGUGAACUGAAGGGUACGUUCUACCCCCUCACUGGAAUGUCCAAGGAGACCCAGCAGCAGCUCAUCGACGACCACUUCCUCUUCAAGGAGGGUGACCGUUUCCUCCAGGCUGCAAACGCCUGCCGAUUCUGGCCCACCGGCCGCGGCAUCUACCACAACGACAACAAGUCCUUCCUGGUGUGGUGCAAUGAGGAGGACCACCUCCGCAUCAUCUCCAUGCAGAUGGGCGGUGAUCUCCAGCAGGUGUACAAGAGGCUCGUGACCGCCGUCAACGACAUCGAGAAGAGGAUCCCAUUCUCACACAACGACCGCCUGGGCUUCCUCACCUUCUGUCCCACCAACCUGGGCACCACAGUGCGCGCGUCCGUGCACAUCAAGCUGCCCAAGCUGGCCGCCGACAAGGCCAAGCUGGAGGAGGUGGCGUCCAAGUACCACUUGCAGGUGCGCGGCACCCGCGGCGAGCACACGGAGGCCGAGGGCGGCGUCUACGACAUCUCCAACAAGAGGCGCAUGGGGCUCACCGAGUACGAUGCCGUCAAGGAGAUGUACGACGGCAUCGCUGAACUGAUUAAGAUUGAGAAGUCGUUGUAAGCUUGAUCUCGCUAACGAUAUUAUUUUUUUUAUUUAUCGUUUUCACGUAAGCAUUGAAUGUUGGAGGGCUGCCGGGCUACUACUAGUCAGUGACUCCGUCUGGUGUCCGGGCGCGGGCGGCCCGCUAUUACUGUUUUUUCGUAAAAAAUAUUUUCUAUAAGAAAAUGGAAAAUAAAGACAACUAGCGUUAAGACAAAAAAA